UGUUGACAUUGACGCAUAUAAUGAAUCCACGUGCAUUUGUUUAUUUGAGUAAAUCUCUUCUCACAGGUUCAUUUCGGUGUAGAACAGAAAGAUAUGGAUGCAGAUGGUUUAUUACUCAUGUUAAACUUAAACAGGAGCGAUAUUUUCAUCGCAAUGACGCGUGUUAUCAAAAGAAAGGGUCAAGAAACCAGGCGAAUGACUACGUGUUUCCAUUCAAAAGUGAAACAAGAAGAAAAGGCUUACUGAUUUCAACCUACGGUUCUAUUGCUUUUGGAAUUUGCAUCUUAGGAGUUAUAUUUUACAGUAAAGUAAUAAAAACUGGCUUAAGGCGACGAGGUGGGUUUAUUGACAUCAUAGAUGAAAACUGCAGUAAAUCUAACAUGGUUUUAUUCAAUGAUACAGUUUUACCAAACUUUGUGGAAAAGAAAAUGAAAGGCAUUUCAAAUUUUGGAGUCCGAGAGAGUGACGUUUGGAUUGUAGGUUUUCCGAGGUCAGGUAUGACUUGGGUGCAAGAAAUCAUAUAUUUGGUCCAGACGUUGGAUUUUGAAGGAAGUCGUCAAAUUGAUUGUGAUGAGAGAAUACCAUACCUGGAAUUCCCAACCCCUUCUCUACAAGAGCUUUCUGAGAGGCCCUCACCCAGGAUCUUAAAAACACACCUCCCUCUCAAAUUGUUACCUGAGGAAAUUAAUUCCAAGCAACCAAAGAUUGUUUAUAUUGCAAGAAACCCGAAGGACGUGGUGGUCUCCUAUUUUUAUCUGGUGACUUCAUUACAUGCUCUAACAAGAUACCGCGGGAAGCUGUCAGACUUCGUGGACUCGUUCCUGAAGGAUAGAGUUCCUUACAGUCCUUGGUCCAGACAUGUGUUGGAUUUCUGGGAAAUAAAAGAUCAACCCAAUGUUCUCUUCCUAACAUAUGAAGACCUGAAGAUGGACUUAGAGCGUAGCAUUAAGAGAGUGGCCAUAUUCCUACAGCGAGACUUAUCUAAGGAGGACAUACAGAGGAUCGCCAAGCACUGUAGCUUUGUGGAAAUGAAGAAGAACCCUGCUGUUAAUCACCAAUGGCUCACUGAUUUAAAAUACAGAAAUCCCACCGGUGCAGAGUUUCUCAGAGAAGGAAGAAUUGGUGACUGGCAAAACUAUUUAUCAAAAGAACAGGAUGAGAGAUUGAAUGUGAAGAUAGCCCUCAAACUUCGACAGACAGGUCUUUUCUUCCAAUACACUGACCCUGACCCCAGACCUAUGACAUCUGAUCCCUGACCCCUGUAGACUGUGUAGGAUCUAGGAAUCCUGAGUUAUAUAUAAUUACGGUUUAGAGUACAUGUACCAGUAACCAGUGGAAAUACAUAUUGGAAAUAAUUUAAUUUCUUUCACUUGUGUGUGUGUACAUUUCAUUUGAGACAAAGAAAAUUGCCUUGUUCCUGUUUUAUGGAUGAUUUGAUGAUUAUGAUACAGCACUGACAAGAAAAAUUGAAAGAGUUCAUAUGUUGGUCAUUAAAGUGAUGCUCUUGUA